CAUCAUUCCUCGUUCGCAACUCGAGCUGUUAGGACGUCCAGCUCCAAGUUUUCGAGCCAAGUGAUCCAAGUGUGUGUGCAAAACAGAGGCUACUCUUCGAACUUGAGCCAUUCAAUUUCCCCCAAGGGUGAGUUUUUCCCUAUCUACCUGGUGCAAUGUGCGAUUAGUGAACGAGGCCAAAACUUUUCGUACACCCCUCUCAAUUCGUCAACCUCUAACCCAAUCCUUAUCGCCGCGAAUAUGUCCAACCUACAGCAGAAAUCUCCGGGGAAAUUGCGAUGGCAACUGGUCUUAUUGUAAUUUCGAUUCGCCCUCGCGAAUUUCACUCGCUUAUUUCUGACCCAAUUUCCCGAAUGCAUCACUUCCUCCAUAUCUUCCCGCGGAGGAGAAUGAAUCUGGCACAUGCAGUGUCCAGCGGAUAAUUCGCGUCAUUUGUUUAUCGCCACAAGAACAAUAUCGCAUCCACAUAUGUAUGUAUUUUUAGCGAGGUCCAUCCGGACAAGGAACCAAUCCGCUUUGUUCCACUGACAUUUCUUUAUUGCUCGCCUGCACCGCCGCAAAUAUUGCACAUAAAUAAGCCUACAUUUGUUUACCCCAUUGUCGCUAGCGAUAAACAUUCGCCGACGCAGCUCCAGAGGAAGUAUCCGCAUCCACUGGCGGCGAACGGAGGCGCCAUCGCUACCCAUCCUCAAUUCCCCGUUUCCGUUCGAUUUCGAUUUGGAUUUCUUUUUCCACAGGUCACCCCACGCAGUGGACUCGCUUACCAAUUUAAGAUCGCAUCGACGCACCAAACCCACGAUGGCCGGAGGAAGUCGCCCUCUCCAAUUAGUUCUCCUGGUCCUAGUUGCGCUCGCCCAAUGGCAACCCAUCGCCGCUGGAUUGGUCUCCAACGAGGAGCUGCGCGGAACUAUCCAGUCGCUGAUCUACUCCUACAAUCAGCUGGACAAUAAGCUGGAGCGGCACGAGCAUCGCGAGCGUGCGUUGGGCGAGCUGCUCAAGAAGGCGCUGCAGUCGCUCCAGAAGGGCCAGAAGAGCCUGGAGCCCAUCAAUGGGAUCUUCGGGCGCCUGGACGAGCGGGUCAGCCAGAUAGAGACCAUGCUGAUCACGCAAGAGGAGAAGUACAACUCGCAGUCGGACCGCUUCAACCAGGCAACGGAGCACAUGUUCAAGUGGAUGCGGGAGAACGACGAGUGCUUCAAGAGGCCGCCGGUCAGCGCCAACAUGAUCGCUCCCCCAGCCGCGGCCGCCCCACCCGCCAUUCCCAAGGAGUUCCUGGAGGAUCAGAAGCGCCUCAACGCCAAGCUGCUCGAGGAGAUCCAGAAGUUGUCGGCCAGCGUGGCCGCCCUCAAGGAGAGCAGCCAGAAGGCGUCCGAUCAGACCCAGAAGCGCCUCGAGGGUCUGCCCAAGGCACCGGAGCUGCUGUCCCAGAUCGAAGCCAAGCUGCAAGAGCACGCGGCCAGCGUGACCACCGCCGCUCCACCGAAGAACGCUGAGUUCGAGGCCCAACUCCUGGAGCGUCUCACCUCGCUGGGCGGCCAGGUGAGCUCUCUAAGCGAGACUGUGCAGCGACCAGCUGCUCCGGUUGGCCUGAGCGAGACGGAUCGCGCCUACAUCCAGGAACUGAACAACGAUACCCUGAAUGCGCUGGCGCAGCUGAAGAGCGAGUCCUCGGUGGAACAGAAGUCAGCUGCGACGGAGGCCACGGAGCGACUGCAGCAGGCGGAGGCCAACAUCCAGGCGGACGUUCGCCAGCUGUCCGCGGACGUGGGCAUUCUCAACAAGCACUUCGCCUCGACUAACGAGAGCAAUGCCAAGCUGAACGAGGGACUCGAAGCGCUCGGUAAGUUCAACAACAUCAUGAUGACCAACUCGGAGGUCGUGCUGGACACGCAGCGCAAGGUGGACUUCGGCACACUGAACGUGGUGCAGCGGGUUGGCAAGCUGCUGGCGGAGGAAAUGGCCACGCUGAGCGGACUGCUGAAGGAGCGCUUCUCGUCGCUGGACGGAGCGGUGGUGAGCAUCCAGCAGGAGGCGAACAAGAACAUCAGCGGACUGCUGGAAACGGAGCUGAACCAGGUGUGGCACCGCAUCGAGAUCAUGGCCGGCGAGAUCAGCCAGAGCCGGCUGAUGCUCGGAGAUAUCCAGUCCGCUUCCGAUGGCUACAACAACAGCACUCUCAUCACCAUGAUGGGUCUCGGCAGCCGCGUGGAGGAGACCAAGAAACACAUGAUCGACAUGGACGAGAACCUCAACUAUCUGCUGGGCAAGCUGUCGCUCAUGUCCACCGAGUUCGCCAGCAUCAAGAAGGGCCUGGCCGACUCCCUCGAGGAUCUGCGCAACUCCUUCCACGGCCUCCACGAGCGGAUGCCCACGGGUCCCGGUCCGCACAACAUCGACAAGAACACGUAUCUGACCGACGUCAAUCUCCUGUCCAAGCGCCACGCUGAGCCCGGUCGGGAGUAGAGCGGCUGAGCGCCGGAGAUGACACUUGAACGAAAAGCAAUACAAUACUUUUAACCAUAGCGCUUAAGUCUGCCCACUUACAUAUACUCAUCUAGUUGCGCCUUAAGCUUAAGCACAGCAAAACGUCACUCAAUAAAGAUCGAAUAUUAUGUAC